GUUUGUUUGCUCUGUAGCCUCUAGGUAAAAUCCAAGAUGGCUACCUGCUUAUGUAACGACAUAAAAUUACAUUCCGUACAAGACUAAUAAAUGAAAAAUACUUUGUAAAGUUCGUAUGAAAUAACUCUUUUUCUUGUUUUGCUGACUGUAGUAAUACGAAUUCUGAAAUUAUUGAUAUCGUUGGAAUUUUUAUUUUUCCAAGAUGUAUGGCCUUUCUAAUAAAUGAUGUUUGGUUUGGAUCACAUCACAUAUGACAUAAAAUUGUGGCAAUCUUAGAGCAAUAUUUCAGCGAGAUACUAUGAAUGAUGAGGAGGCAUUAAGCGCUUUUCAGACCUACCUUGGCGAAAAACAUGAGCGAGAAAUCAUCGGCAUUCUGCUUUUCGAAGAUGCUGACGCUUGUUAUUCAGUAGUUGUCAACUGUCUGGAACUUUUCGAUGCUAACAUUGAACUAAGCGAAUGUCUAGUCGUUAAUCCUAAAAAGUUGCUACCACUGUUCCAUAGAGCAUUGAGAGACUGCGAAAAAUCAAUUUAUGGAGUACAUAGUCUGGCGGAAAAGAUGAAAAUUAAGAAAAAUGCUUUUGUUCGACUUUCAAAUUUACCAACAUGCCCUGAACUUUCACGAAAAACAAUACCCAGGUCAACUGACAUCGGCAAGCUUUUAUCAUUCACCGGAACUGUUGUUCGAGUAACUAGUGCAAAGUUGGUUGAAUGGGAAAAAGAAUUCAAGUGUGUCAAAUGCAAAUUUGUCUUCAAAGAAAAGGGAGAUUUUGAGAAAAAUUACUCAGUCAACAAGCCAACACAUUGUCCAGCAACUGAUGGCUGCUCAUCCAACAAAUUCACUUUGUUAUCAAAAUCAGAAAUAAGACCAGAUAGUUGUCAAGAUUAUCAAGAAAUCAAAGUGCAAGAAUUGAUUCAAGAUCUUGGAGUUGGAGCAAUUCCGAGAAGUAUGUGGAUUGUUCUUGAACAUGAUCUUGUAGACAGUUGUAAACCUGGUGCUGACGUCACUAUAUCGGGUGUUGUAAUGAGCAGAUGGAAAUCGGUAAAAAUUGAUGUAAAGUGUGAUGUUGACGUUGUUCUUCAUGCAAAUCAUGUACACGUUCAUAAUGACCAGAAUGGUGAUGCUAUCAUCACAGAAGAACUUCGUAAUGAGUUCCAGAACUUUUGGAAAGAACAUGAGAAUAAUCCCCUAGAGGGUCGUAACCAUAUCAUUGCCUCUAUGUGUCCUCAAAUAUUUGGAUGUUAUGUAGUUAAACUUGCUGUUACUCUUGUUUUGAUUGGUGGAGUAAGAAGAAUCAAUGAAACUGAAACAAAAGUAAGAGGAGAAUCGCAUUUACUCCUCGUAGGGGAUCCCGGUACGGCUAAAUCGCAGUUUUUAAAAUUUGCGGCGAAAAUCGUCCCAAGAUCAGUAUUAACAACUGGUAUUGGUUCAACAAGUGCUGGGCUUACAGUAACUGCUAUAAAAGAUGGAGCUGAAUGGCAGCUCGAGGCUGGAGCGUUAGUUCUAGCUGAUGGAGGAUUGUGUUGUAUUGACGAGUUCAGUUCGAUCAAGGAACAUGACCGAAUAAGCAUACACGAAGCGAUGGAACAACAGACAAUAAGCGUUGCUAAAGCUGGAAUCGUUUGUAAACUCAACUCGAGAACCACAAUUCUUGCUGCAACAAAUCCCAAAGGAAAAUACGAUCCAGAACUAAGUCUUAGUGUUAAUACAGCCAUCGGAAGUCCUUUGCUAAGUCGAUUUGAUUUGGUUUUAGUCUUGGAAGAUACUUAUACUCAGGAAUGGGAUAGGGUUGUCUCGAGUUUUAUACUUCAAAAUAAACGAAUUGGCCAAUUGCGAAACGCUGAUGAUUCGAAACUUUGGAGCAUUAGAAAGUUACAAGCGUAUAUUUUUCUUGUAAAAAAACGUACACCUACCCUGACAAAUGAAAGUAAUAGGAUACUUAGCAAGUACUACCUAUGUAAAAGGAAAGCGACAACUAAUGUUUCAUCUCGUACAACAAUAAGAUUAUUAGAAAGUUUGAUUCGCUUGGCUCAAUCACAUGCAAGAUUAAUGUUCCGUGAUAAAGUUACGAUUCAGGAUGCUAUAGUAGCGGUUUCAUUGGUCGAGUGUUCCAUGCAAGGUACUGCAAUAUUGGGAACAACUAAUGUUCUUCUCACCCGUUUUCCCAAUGACUGUAGAGAAGAGUACAUAAAACAAGCUGAAAUGGUACUGAAUGCUUUGGACCUACAAGACAUGCGCGAUAUGAUUGUAAAUUGAUUCUAUGUGGAAAAAUAUUCUUUUGAAUAAGUAAUAUGGUCAGUCUACAAAUGAAGGAGUGACAAAGGAAAAUUUUUUUUCUAGAAGUCAAACUCCGAGUAAAUAUUGAAUUCAAGGGUUUUAUUUUUAUUUCAAUGUAUAAACAUUCAAUAUAUAUAUACUAUUUACCAAACAAAAUUAUACAUACGUAGAAUAAGAAAAUCAAGCGUUUAGGUCUUUAAAACAUUGAACGUAAAACUUUCUCGGGAUUUUGAAAGAAAGAUUGGGUUUGUUUGUUUCAUGUAUCAUAUAAUAACUAGAAGUGUUAUUUUUGUAUGGAUGCCACAGCGGUCAUAUAAUGUCUAUAUGAUGGUCCAUAUGUAUAUACGAAUUGACCACUAAUAAAGGUAAUGUUUUGUCUAUCUAUCUUUCUA